GAACGAAGGACUGAGUCAUGGCCAGGGGCUGAUUGAGCGCAGUUGCAUGCGCUGAUGGCCCGAUGACAACUUCACCUUGCGGUGCCGCAGGGGAGCCUGUGCAUGGCUUGGCCUCGGGCGGCAGAGUAGUUGACUGCAUCAUUCCAGCGCACGAGAAAGAUUAUGAGACGCUGAGCCAUGCCGUGAGAUCUUUGCGCCAGUUCUGCCCAGAGGUCAGAAGGAUCCUGGUCCUCAGCAGCUCACCACCCCUGGCAGAUUGCGAGGUGGAGUGGCUGGAUGAGGCGGAUCCAGUGUGGCCGUUCAGAAGGUCGGAUCUCGAGGGAUGUGGCUGUGGGUCGGGAUGGCUGCUUCAGCAGCUUCUAAAGCUAUAUGCUCCGGUCCUGUUGGAGGGUUUGGCGGAUGACGUUCUUGUAUGCGACGCGGACGUGGUGUGGCUGCAGCCCGUGCGAUUCUUGCUGCCAAGUGACUCAGGCGCUUACAUCAACGUGUUCAACACGCACACCUGCCCACCGAUCCGCAGUGCCGUCGACCUGCACCGUUAUGAUGGCUUCGUCCCAGCGAUCCUCCCUGGCUUGCAGAAGCCCAGGCCCAAAGAGACCGCCGUGUGUCAUCACAUGGUCUUGCAGAAGCGCGUUCUGAAGCAGCUGAUGGAGGAGGUGGAGCUAGCUUGCGGGAGGAGCUUUUGGCAGGCGUACUGUGAAGCUGCCAAAGCAACGGAGGGUCGAGCUUCGGAGUACGAGUUGUACUACGCCUUUGCCAUCUCCCGGUGUGUGGAGGUGCAGACAAGGAUGCUGAGCUUCGCAGUGGUGGCAGACAUGGAGGCCGUGGUCAAAGCAGACCCACCACCCGCAUCCUUUGCUGUGGCUCAUUCGCAUCUCCGAGCUCUCAGUGCAGAGGAGCUUCGCGACCGCGAGGGCAUCAUCAACGGUGACACCGAGAGGGAGAUCCUGCGCCGUCUCACGGAGGAUCAGCCGGCAGAACUCUCGCAGCUUCUACUCGCGAGUGGAAUGUUCGGAGCAAAGUAG